ACAUCUACAAUGAGUUUCUAUUCGUUCCUUUGGGUCUUUGCUUUUUGCAGUUAUCAUGCCAUCCUUCUUGGACAUACAUGGUCACUGAACAAUUUCCUCAUGACCGGACCAAAGGCGUAUCUUACGUACGCCAGCAGCGUACACGCUGGAGCACAGAACGGCAUUGAGGAGUGCAAACACCAGUUCGCCUGGGACAGGUGGAACUGCCCGGAGAGCGCGCUGCCGUUGGCUACCCAUAAAGGACUGCGACGCGCCACAAGAGAAACGUCCUUCGUCCACGCAAUCAGCGCCGCUGGGGUGAUGUUCACUCUGACCAGAAACUGCAGCCUCGGAGACUUGGACAGCUGCGGCUGUGAUCAGUCAAGGAAUGGAAAACCUGGAGGCCGCGGGUGGUUGUGGGGCGGGUGCAGCGACAAUGUGGAGUUCGGGGAGAAAAUUUCAAAGAGCUACGUGGACGCGCUAGAGACUGGACAGGACUCAAGAGCUGCCGUCAACUUGCACAACAACGAGGCCGGUAGAAUGGCCGUGAAAGCGACUAUGAAGCGAAUCUGCAGGUGCCACGGUAUGUCUGAGAGCUGCACAAUCCAAACCUGCUGGCUGCAGCUCUCCGACUUCCGGGAAAUCGGAAACUACCUGAAGGUGAAGCACGACCAGGCGCAGAAGCUGGAGAUGGAUAAGAGGCGCAUGCGCGCCGCGAACAGCGCGGACAACCGAGGCGCGAUCUCGGACGCGUUCAGCACCAUCGACGAGUCGGAGCUGAUAUAUCUGGAGGACUCGCCGGAUUACUGCAGGAGGAACGUCAGCAUGGGUCUACUGGGCACGGAAGGGAGGCUGUGUCUGCAGAGCGGAGACGGCCUGUCCCAGUGGGAGAAGCGCAGCUGCCGCAGGCUCUGCCACGACUGCGGCCUCCGGGUGGAGGAGAGGCGGACGGAGACCGUGAGCAGCUGCAACUGCAAGUUCCACUGGUGCUGCACGGUCAAGUGCGAGAGCUGCUCGCUCGUCACCGUCAAGCACGUGUGCGCGCGUCGGGAGGGCGGCCACGGCAAGCACAGGAGAAGGCCGCGCGGCCAUAAAUAAUUUAAAGAUAUAAAAUCUGGGACUGAGUAUACGUUUUAACGUAAUGUCAAUGUGUUGGUGUACCUUAGUUUUUUUUUAUUACGUUGGAUUUGAUGCCAUUCCACACAAUAGCUAAAUAUUUUAGUAUUGAACGAGUCAAAGUAAAUAUUUAGGCCUAUACGAGGCCUAUGCAUGGCAUAAACAAUAUUUCAGUUGUUUUUAAUGAUCUUGACUCCUGUCU